AAAUGCAGUACAGUCAGCGUGAGAAUUUGUGAGGGUGGAGUGAAAACAGACUGAGUGUAACUGUGUGUAACCCUGCUGUCAUGUGUGCUGCCCCAGGUGUUGACCUGCCUGCCCUGCAGGAGCACCUCUGUGGCCUGUGGAGCAGGAAAGAGCAGGAGGAGCUGCGUCAGUUUUUAGCGAGCAGUUUCUCACAGAUGCAGGAGCCCUUGGCUGGUCUGCUGGGCUUCCUGCAGGGCUGGCUUACCGUCCAGAAGGGCAAGUCCAGCACGCUGCACCAGUUCAUUCUCACAGAGUUUAUGCGCUGGAGGACCAGUAAUCCCCAGGCCAGUCUGAAUGGCCUGAGGGAAGAAGAGAGACUGCGUUUGCAGAAGAAAGCCCUGGGUCUCCUCACAGACUCUCAUCCCGGGUACAUGGACCCCCUGCUGGAGAUUUAUCAGCUGAGCUCACUGAAAAGACCACUGCUGCUGGAACAUGUGGACUUCCUGCAUGACUGCUGCUGCUUCAAAGAGGCGCUGAUGUUCGGUGUCAAAGUGGAACUGCAGAAAGAUCUGGACAUGGAGAAGAUGUGUGUUCCUCUCAUUCUGCUGGACAAGCUGUCUCUGGCGGAGCUGUAUGUGCGUGAGCAUCCUGACCUGCAGCAGCGUCUGGUCUCACUGCUGGACUCCUGGUGCGAGCCCAACUUCAACAUGCAGGCACUGCUCAGUCAGUACCCAGACGUGGUUCUCUCAAAACAUCAGACGGACCAGAUCCAGCCCAAGCUGCUCAGUAAACAUGUGUUCAGACUCAUGGAGAAAUUCUGCAUUGAUCCCGGUCUGUGCUCUAAUUCUGUCUAUAAGAGGAAGCUGGAUUCACUGAGGUUUCUCAUGUACAAAACCUUUGGCGAGAAAAGCAUGUCGGAAGAGAACUGGAGAGACCAUGUUCAGGCCUUGAUUGAAGGCAAUACAGAGCUCCAGGUUCAGUUGGUGCAGCUGUUGGUUAAACAUUGCAGCCUCCAGACUGCUGCCCAGUGGGCUGCACAUUACAACUUACCCAGAAACAGGCUUCCCCUAGGAGUCUGGGACAAAAUUCAGAGCCUCUCCCGCAAGAAGCAGCUAGAGAUGUGUUUUGUGAGCGGCCCACCCGAAUCUUGGACACCUCUUCAGUCUGAUCAGCAAAAAUACUACCAGCUGCCUCUGCCCAGAGAAAACGUCCUCUUUGUAGAGUCAUUAGAUGAAGUUAAGCAGUGCAGAGAAGCUGUUUUAAAGCCUGGUUGUGUGGUGGGAAUAGACAUGGAAUGGAGAGCCGGUUUUGGCACAGUAUCCUCUCAGCGUGUGGCUCUGAUCCAGCUGGCCGUACAGGAACGGGCGUUUCUGUUGGACCUUUGUGCUCACGCCAUUAGCCACCACAGCACCACAGUGAACUUCAUCAGAGCUCUGCUGUCAGACAAGAACAUCCUCAAACUGGGUUAUGGGAUGUCUGGAGACUUGCGGAGUCUGGUCAGCACGUGGCCUGAGCUCAGGGAAGAGCCAAUGAAAAUGGAAGGAGUUCUGGACCUGCUUCAUGUCCAUCAGGAGCUUCAACGGUGCUGGUUGGGAAAAAAAGGAUGUCGGUCAGUGGAAGUGAGUGAGGGACCAGCGGAGAAGGGCCUGAGUUUGCUAGUGCAGCAGGUAUUAGGAAAACCACUGAACAAAACCGAGCAACUCUCCAACUGGGAACGCCGACCUCUCCGGACCAGCCAACUCCGCUAUGCAGUCACUGAUGCGUACUGCCUGCUAGAUGUCUACCUCAUCCUCUCCCGGGACCCAAAGGCAUUUGGUUUGCCAGAGGACCUCCGCUCCAUUCCCUCAGCCCAACUGGCCAAGAGCCGUGAGGAAAAGAAACCCAAAGAGAAGAACAAGCAGUCUAAAAGAAGAGAGGCUCGGCAGAAGGCGAAUGAGCCCCACUCUAUGGAUGACUGUUUAAAGAUGACUUCGGAGUAUGAAGGGCCCACUAUUACACCACCAGAGCUGCGAGUGGUCUGUGAUAACAUGCUGCAGGGUCUGGGACGUUUUUUGCGCUGUCUGGGGGUGGACGUCAAGAUGCUAGAAAACACAGAUGACCAUAAAGUAGCAGCAGAGGUGAAACAAUCAGUCACCCGCUGUUGA